AUGCAAACGGAGAAGGAGAAAGACCAGGACCAGGACCAGGUGAAGAACGAAGCUCCUGCCGAGGUGCAGAUCACCGCCGAGCAGCUGCUGAGAGAAGCCAAGGAGAGGGAGCUGGAACUUCUGCCGCCCAAGCAGGAGAUUACCGUCAAGGAGGAGCUCAACGACUCCAAGCUGAGGAAGAGGAAGAAUCAUAAAGGAAGACCCAAAAGAUACUGCUGUCGUCAUUGCAAGCAAGUCUUCACCACUUCAUCAAACCUGAAGAUCCAUAAGAGAACUCACACUGGUGAUAAACCAUACAGAUGUGAUCAGUGUGGAGCGGCUUUUGCCCGGCAAGGUGAUUUGACGAGUCACCAACGUAUUCACACUGGAGACAAGCCUUACAGGUGUGAUCAGUGUGGUGCGGCUUUUACCCAGCGAGGUCAUUUGACGAGUCACCAACGUAUUCACUCUGGAGACAAGCCUUACAGGUGUGAUCAGUGUGGAGCGGCUUUUGCCCUGCAAGGUAACCUAACGACUCACCAACGUAUUCACACUGGAGACAAGCCUUACAGAUGUGAUCAGUGUGGAGCGGCUUUUACCCAGCAAGGUGCCCUAACGACUCACCAACGUAUUCACACUGGAGACAAGCCUUACAGAUGUGAUCAGUGUGGAGCGGCUUUUACCCAUAAAAGUCACCUAACGAGUCACCAACGUAUUCACACUGGAGACAAGCCUUACAGGUGUGAUCAGUGUGGAGUUGCUUUUGUCCAGCAAAGUGAUCUAAAGCGACAUCAACGUAUUCAUACUGGAGACAAGCCUUACAGAUGUGAUCAGUGUGGAGCGGCUUUUGCCCAGCAAGCUCAUUUGACGAGUCACCAACGUAUUCACACUGGGGAAAAGCCUUACAGAUGCGAUCAGUGUGGAUCGGCUUUUGCCCGGCCAGAUCAUUUGACGACUCACCAACGUAUUCACACUGGGGAAAAGCCUUACAGAUGCGAUCAGUGUGGAUCGGCUUUUGCCCGGCCACAUCAUUUGACGACUCACCAACGUAUUCACACUGGGGAAAAGCCUUACAGAUGCGAUCAGUGUGAGGCGGCUUUUGCCCAUCAAGGUCAUUUGACAAGUCACCAACGUAUUCACACUGGAGACAAGCCUUACAGGUGUGAUCAGUGUGGAGCGGCUUGUGCCCGGCACGAUCAAUUGACGAGACAUCAACGUAUUCACACU